AUGCGAUUUAGUGUGACCACCACGACGGCCAUUGUCGCAUGUUCCUGCAUGGCAGCAGCAUACGUUGGUGUGCUGUAUACACUUCCUACUACAAUUCGUAGACUUCCACGUGAUCAUCCAACACAUAUUCUCGCGCGUUUCCUACUCAUUUGUAUCUUCUGUGCUCUCUGUCCAUUCAUUCUAGCAGUCUUUUAUGAUCAUGAUGAAGCAAGUAUGUCGUUUGCACAGUGGCUCGGUAUUCGCUGGGAAGGAUUAGUACAAGCAACGAUCAUGCCACUUUUUACAACAGCAGUGCUGUUUACAGGAUCAUUAUUGGCCAAUGCACUGCGACUGCUGAACGUAUCAAAGCAGUUCCAUUCGAAUGGCGUGUGGUUUGCGAUUAAAAACUCGGCAUUGUAUUAUUCCAUCACGCACGAUCGACUUCCAUCGUUGCGCACGUAUAUUCUGGGUCCAUUGACAGAAGAGUUUGUAUUCCGAAGCUGCAUGGUCCCACUCCUUGUAUGUGCCAAUUUCACUGUCAAGCAAAUUAUUUUGGGCAGUCCGCUAAUGUUUGGAGCAGCUCACUUGCACCACUUUAUGGAGUAUGUGCGACACGGUCGGUCUCUAAAGGACGCCGCGUUGACUGUUGGCUUCCAGCUUAUUUACACCUCUCUCUUUGGAGCCUAUGCAACUUUUAUUUUCCUGAGAACAGGACAUUUUGCGUCAAUAUUCCUUGUGCACGUGUUUUGCAAUGUGAUGGGGUUUCCUGAUAUUUCCUUUUUCAACCCGGAAAGCUUAUUGCACCCUUAUCGAUUAGUGCUCCUCGGAGCUUAUUUUCUGGGUAUCUAUGGUUUCUCUCUCCUCCUGAUGCCGUUGACCGAACCAGCCAUCUAUUCAUCGGGAAUGUGGAAUGUGACGGCGUCUGCAACAGAACACAAACUUGUGUUUGAGUAUUCGGGAACUCUCUGA